AUGGGUCAGGAAGAUGAGGUCACCUACGCGGAUCUGAAAUUUCCUCCCAGAUCGCAGCAAACAGAUGUGAAGAAAGCAGUACACCCAGAAUCAAAGCCCCCUGCCCAGAGGACGUCUCUGUGGCCUUGGCUAGUGAUAGCAAUGAUUCUCUGCGUGCUGUUCCUGGUGGUGCUAAUUUCCCUGAGUAUCCUGUAUUCCCGGCUCCUGGCUGGCAACACGCGGCUUCUAGAGGAAUCCAAGAGCAAAAUGGAGCAAGUGGAAGGGAGAUACUCCCAGUUACUGCAGUGGGCGUUACACACAAAUAUCUGCACCCUGUCCUCCAACACCUCAGAGCCCCGCAUGCUGAAGGAAGGGACUAAGCUGGACUCCUCCAGCUCUGAGGUGGCCUCUGACAAUGACUACCAGCUCAGGCCCCACAGGGAGGUCUUUCUCAGCAAGCCGCGUGGGCAGUCGGUUUAUUGGAUUGGUCUGACGGAUGUGGCCCAAGAAGGCUCGUGGAAGUGGGUGGAUGGCACUGACUUAAACCAAACGGAGAAAUUUUGGUACCAUCCCCAGCCAGAUAACUCUGACAAUGAGGACUGUGCAUCUCUGAGAUUCGAAGAACCCCCGCCACGUAACUGGAAUGAUGACAAGUGCUCCAAGCCUUUCCCCUACAUCUGUGAAAAGGCGGCAGCAGACACUCUCACCAUCUCAUCUUCCUCUGACUCAGAAAAUCUUUUUCAUUGCGGCCAAUGA